AUGUCUUUGACCGAUAUUUUUGCUGAACCGAUGCUAGACAGCAACACCUAUUUGGAGAAAUACAAACAGCAGCUAAUUGAGCUUAACAAAAAAGGACUUCUGCCAAAACUUGACAAAACCCUGACCUAUAAAGUCUACUCAAUUCGCGGAAGGGAUUUCGGAGCACACAAAUCGAUCGUUCUUACCACAAAUGAUCAACAUUUCUUAACAGUAGAGCUGGGUUUCAUAGUUGUCGACGGUAAGAAGCAUAUCUACCCGGUAACUAGGCCUCUUGACUCGUCAAGUAAGUCGAAAAUGGAGUACCUCGGUACAAUUAACGCCAAGGGAGAGGAUUUGAUUGCAAAGGCUGUGGCUGUGAUGAAACGGUUUGGCAGCUACUUCAAGUUUUGUAACAACUGCCAAAACUUCUGCAACAUGUACGUGGAGGCAAUUGGUUUAAAGGAAGGUAAAAGUUUGACCGAUGGCGACAAGGUUGCAAUAGCAGCAGUACUUGCGGGAAUAAUCGCGUUUUUGUUCGCCAUGUUGAAAUGA